GAUAAGACGGAUAAACUCGUCGGCGCAGCCCAAAAAAGAGAGACCGCGACAACAGCCAGCCAGGAAGCUAGCUCGCCAUGGCCAUGUCCAUCCUCGGCGCUCUGAAGCUCGCCCCUUCCCAGCCGGCGACGACGGCGCAGCCGACACCGGGGCGCGCCCCCUCCUCGCUGCACUUCCACCUCGCCAACGCCGGCGCCGCCGCGCUGGUCGCCGCCUCGCUGCUCCUCGCCGACCCGGCCCUCGCUUUCAGGGGAGGCGGGCCAUACGGGCAGCAGGUGACGCGGGGGCAGGACCUCACCGGCAAGGACUUCAGCGGCCAGACGCUCAUCAAGCAGGACUUCAAGACCUCCAUUCUGCGGCAGACCAACUUCAAAGGCGCAAACCUGCUCGGCGCCAGCUUCUUCGAUGCAGACCUCACAGGUGCUGAUCUCUCUGACGCCGAUCUUAGAAACGCCGACUUCUCGCUCGCAAAUGUUACAAAGGUAAAUUUGACAAAUGCCAACUUGGAAGGGGCACUUGUGACAGGGAACACCUCUUUCAAAGGUUCCAACAUAUACGGAGCAGAUUUUACGGAUGUUCCACUACGAGACGAUCAAAGGGACUACCUUUGCAAAAUUGCUGACGGGGUAAACACGACUACCGGAAAUGCCACAAAGGAGACUCUUUUCUGCAAAUAAUGUACAAGGGUGAAGAAGAAUGAAGAGAUUAAAGAGUUCGGAGGCUGAUUUAGUUCUUGAAUAGUACGCCAAUUUUUUUUCUUUAACUUCCUUAUCCCCAGGGGUGCAGAGAGUUCUUCAAUACAAGAGUGUGAAAUGGUUGCUAGGAAAUCAAUGGGUGGUGUCAGCAUGCCAGGUGUGUUUGGGAAGGGCAAAAAUUAUUAGUAGUAAAUAAAAAAUAUGUUUUUUUAAAGGAGGAUAUACCCCCGGCCUCUGCAUCUGGACGAUGCAUGCAACCAUAUUAUUAAUUAUUCAUAAGGACCUUACAA